AUGUGUUCCUAUGUAAUGGCUGCCUAGGCGGAGAGCUAAGGAGAGCCACAGGAAGCAGCAUGGCCCGUGCCACACCACUUCCCGCAAAUCCCCUGACUGGAAACAGCAAACCAGAGUUGAUGGGAGCUGCGAGGCUUCGUGGCUAUGGACCUAUUGGCAGGAUGGAAAGUUGAACAGCACGGGCUUGACUCUCCUUUGGCUUUCAUGAUGGCAGCAACUAGUGGAGAAAGCCAGCUACAGAGGAUUAUCAGAGAUUUGCAAGAUGCUGUGACAGAGUUAAACAAAGAAUUUAAAGAAGGAGGGGAACCAAUCACAGAUGACAGCAUCAACUUGCAAAAGUUUUCCUACAAACUUGAGUACCUUUUACAGUUUGACCAGAAAGAAAAGACCACACUGCUGGGGAACAGAAAAGACUACUGGGAUUACUUUUGCGACUGUCUGGCUAAAGUCAAAGGAGCUAAUGAUGGGAUCCGCUUUGUUAAGUCUAUUUCAGAACUGAGAACAUCUCUUGGUAAAGGAAGAGCAUUCAUACGUUAUUCCUUAGUACACCAAAGGCUGGCAGACACCUUGCAACAAUGUUUUAUGAAUACCAAAGUAACCAGUGACUGGUACUAUGCAAGAAGUCCAUUUCUGAAGUCUAAAAUGAGUUCUGACAUUGUGGGUCAGCUGUAUGAGCUAACUGAGGUUCAGUUUGACCUGGCCUCAAGAGGGCAUGACUUAGAUGCUGCUUGGCCAACAUUUGCCAGAAGGACGUUGUCCUCAUUUGGCUCUUCGGCGUAUUUGUGGAAGCCUCCAAGUCGAAGUUCAAGCAUUAGUAGUUUAGUGAGCAACUAUUUGCAGACACAAGAGUUCCCCUGUAGCCCUGAUGCACAUAACUCACUAAAUGCUGAGCAUCUGGAGGGCUUUGAAGAGCUGCGCAUGGAACUUGACCAGGGAGAGCUGAGGCAGAAGGAGCUGCGGGAUCGGAUUAAUCAACUAGAGAAGGAAAACCAGGCGCUGCAGGAAGCCAUUAGCCUUCAGAAAGAACUGGUGCAAGUGGAAAAGGAAAAGAGCAGCAACUUCAGUGAGGAGAACUUCCGACUGACCAAGAUGAUAAUGGAGUUAGAGAAACAGUGUGAAGUUUCCCACUCCACUCAGAGCACUGUCCAUGACCUACGAAAAUGCGUGCAGGCAUUAGAAGUGAAUGCAUACGAGCAGCAAAAGGAACACCACACAAGGCUUGAGCAACUGGAGUCCUGUAAGAAGAACUAUGCCUUGAAUCAGGAGCUCUUGAAUCAGGAGCUGGAAACCACCAGGGCUUCCAUCAGCAUGAAGGAUCAAUGCAUCAGUGAGCUCCAGACCAAGCUGAGUUCAAUGGAGCAAAAGAAUCUGGAGCUCACUGCAAAAGUCGAUGCUGUCUUGGAUGAAAAAGGGCAACAACCCUCCACACAAUAUGAUCCUGCCCUAGAGAUCCAGGAAUUGCAAGAGAAACUUCACCAGGCAGGAAAGGAAAAAGCUGACAUCCAGAAACAAAAUAAUGAACUGCUGUCUCAAGUCAAGGCCGCGAGAGAGGAAGUGCAGCUGAAAGAGGGUGCAUGGAAAGAACUAGAAUCCAGAUUUAAUUGCCUUACCAUAGAUUCAAAGAAGGAGAAUGAGAAACUGCUCAUGAGCCUGGAAAUGAUGGCAAAAGAAAUGGAUACAGUCCAGGAGGCACUGACUGCCAAGGGGAGGGAGGUAGCUGAGCUCCAGGUGCAGCUGAAGGGCUCACUGGCUCGUGUGGGGUCGCUGGAAAAAAAUCUUGAAGAGAGCAGAAGAGAAAAAGAGGCGUGUGAGGAAGAGUUGAGCAGCAAGGAAGGGACACUGAAGCAAGAAGCCAAAACCUUGGCAGAGCAGCGCGAGCUGCUGAAUGAUCAGUUAUCAAAGCUGAGUCAGAAUGUGCACAGCCUAGAGGAGCAAAACCAGAAACUCCUCUCCAGCAAUGGUCAUCUCCUCCAGAAGGUAAAGGACAUGGAGGAGCUCACAGGGCAGCAAAGUGCAGAACUGAACGAACUUGGUGACGAAAGCAAAAAGCUGAAAUCUGAGAACGCAAAUCUGCACCAAACCAAGGAGAAGAUGAAAGAGAAGCAGAAAAACUUGGAGGCAUCUAAAGGCUCUUUGGAAGCUGAGGUGGCCAGGCUGAGGGCAUCGGAGAAACAGCUCCAGAGCCAGAUUGACGACGCCCUGGUUUCGGUGGAUGAAAAAGAGAGAAAGCUCCGGGAGCAGAACAAACAGUUGCACGAAGACUUGCAGAAUGUCACGCGGCAAAAUCAAAUCCUGGAAGAGAAGCUACAGGGUCUGCAUUCUGAAUACCAAGAACUGAGGCAAAGAGAAGAUGCCAUCAACGAGUCUUUAGCUGUACUGCAAACCGAGCACAAGAGAGCCAAACAGCAUGGUGUGCAGAUGGAAAAGGUUCUGUUUUCCUUGAAGGAAUGUGAAGAGUCUCUGAGGUCACAAGUGGCAGAGAAAGACCUGGCACUGCAAGACAUAGAGAGCCAAUGCAAGCAGCUACAGGGAGAGAUUGAGAGGUACCAAAAAAAAGCAGAGUCUCUUGAGGUGGAAAAGCUAAACAUGGAAAAAACAUGCCUGCAUCAAGUAAAAUUGAUUGAAUCCCUUACUGGCGAGAAGGCCUCAGUGGAGAAUGCCCAGCUGGAGCAGGCAGCGUGUCAGGAGAAAGAGGCGCAAGAGCUGGCUUCCAGGCUAGCUGUGUCUGAAAAGCAGCUGCACAUCAACCAAAGCGAAGUCUCCAGGUUGCAGGCGGAAGUGAUUGACCUGCGAGCCAAGCUUCAGCAGAUGGCUGACGAGAGAGAGGGGAUGCGAAGCAAGCUGGAUGUCACAGAGGCGGUUCUGGAAGAACAAAAGACAGUGGUCCAGCAGCUGAAAGAGCAGAGUGAGUCACUCAACAGAAACCACGUGCAAGAGCUGGUGCAGUCUGAGAAGGGGGCUGCAGAAGAGAAGCUGGCCCAGGUCUCUGAGAGGCUCCGGGAACUGGGUGAGCAGGCAGCAAAGGAGCAGGAGAGGCUGCAGCUUGACAUCACCAUGCACCAGCAGGAAAACCAAAGCCUCCAAGAGAAACUAAAGGAGUCUCAAGUAUGUGCUGCUGCUGUUCCCAGCCUGCAAACGCAGCUGGAGGUGGCAGAGAGACAGGCCCAAAGCUUCCAAGAGACCAGCAAAGAAGAGCUGUCUGCAAUAAAAUUUCAAAUGAGCACAGAGAUUAUAAAUUAUCAGACAAAAAUCAAGGCUGUCAGUGAAGAAUGUGCAAAAGUAAAAGAGCAGCUUGAGGAGCAGAAACGACAGCUGUGUGCUGCAGAGGAAGAGAUUGCAGAGCUUCACGUGGUAAACACGGAUCUGUCUAGUAAACUGGAGCAUGCAACAGAGAAAUUGACUGAAUAUGAAUCCACAAGGCUAAAAAAAGAAGAGGAGGGAAUGUUGCUGAAAAAGCACUUGGAGAGGACCCAAAGAGAAGCUGACAAAGCAAAUGAGCAAGUCAAAGAGUACGGUGACAAACUCAACAAAGCGCUAGCAGAGAGGGACAGCAAUGAUCAGAAGCUGUUGGCUGAGCUGGACGAUCUAACUAGAACAAAGCAGUUCCUUGAAGAACGUUUGAUAGAACUUCUCAGGGAUAAGGAUGCCCUUUGGCAGAAAUCAGACGCUCUGGAAUUCCAGCAGAAGCUUUGUGAAGAGCAAAGAUGGCUCGGUGACACAGAAGUAAAUCAGUGCCUGGGCUGUCAGAGAGAGUUUUCUUGGAUGAUGCGCCGACACCACUGCAGACUGUGUGGUCGCAUUUUCUGCUAUUACUGCUGUAAUGACUACGUGAUGACCAAACACAGUGGCAAGAAGGAGCGGUGCUGUAGAGCUUGCUUCAAUAAACCAAGGGUGACUGUGGAUUACACGGAUGAUUCUGGAUCCCAUGCCAGCCAGCAAGAACCACCUGCUCUGCUAAAUUCACCAGCGUCUCCAAUCCAGGGAGUUACUGUUACAAAUGAAACCUCCAAACCACCAGAUGAUGCAGUGUUUGAUAUAAUCACAGAUGAGGAACUGUGCCAAGUGCAGGAAUCUGACUCUAUCCAGAACGAAAGUCAAGCGGAAGUAGAGUCUCUGGACCAGAGCGUGACAGAUCUGCACAGCUUUGGAAGAGGCAGCAGUAGGCCAGGGAACUUCAGAAAAAGGUACAGCUUUGGAGAGGGCAGCAGUAGGCCAAGGAACUACAGGAAAAGAAACAGCACAUGUAAUUCUUCGACCUGUGAUGACUCUGAAGAAUUGCAAGUGGCCCAAGAUGCUGAGAUAUGUUUGCUGAAGUCAGGAGAACUGAUGAUAAAACUACCCCUUACCGUUGAAGAGAUUUUAAAUUUUGGGGAAGGCAACAGGGAGCUGUUCAUUAAGUCCAGCACCUACAGCACCAUCCCUAUCACUGUGACGGAGUCUGGCCUCACAAUCAGCUGGGUGUUUUCAUCCGAUCCAAAGAGCGUAGCAUUCAGUGUUGUAUACCAAGAAUCAGAAGAAGCAUCACUGGAUCAGUGCAAAGUACUUAUUCCUAUGACACGCUGCAAUUCUCAUAAGGAAACCAUCCGAGGGCAGGUGAAAGUAAGAAACUGUGGUAUCUACAUACUGAUAUUUGACAACACCUUCUCUCGGUUUAUCUCGAAAAGAGUAUUUUAUCACUUGACUGUUGAACAACCUGUGAUCUAUGAUGGAAGUGAUUUUCCAUAGCCUUGAAUAUAUGGUGUUAUUUUUAAAUUAUAUUUUUAAGAAACACUAUUAUUUAUAUGUAUGUAAGCACUAAAAAUAUUGUUGUUUGAAACCAGCUAAAACUAUGCAAUAGUUACAAAACAAAGCACUUACAGUAUCUUUACACAAAAGAAAAAAAAAUCUCUUCACAGGAAUACUAAUUGUACAGUACAGUGUAGAGAUUGCUCAAAAGCCAUGUUUUUCUGUAUAGCAGGUCAAAAAAUGUUCCUUUUUGGGGGCUUUUGACAAAAUUAAAAUUUUAGAUGUUUUUAUCCAACCCUCCCCCCCAAAAAAAUUAGUUGGCUGAAAUAUUGGAAUAUAAAUAUUAUGUUGUUACAUUUUUCCUGGAAAUUUUUGCUAAAAAUAAAAAAAUGCAAUUUUCAGUUGAAGAAGAAAACAUUUUGAUCAGCUUAUAAGUAUAAAAUAUUUUAAAAAUGAAACUAUGCAAUAUUCCAGACAUUAUAGCUAUGUAUCAUUAAAGGAUUAUUUUUAUCUUUUUUCAGACUUAUAAGCAACAAAUAUAGUUUUUAGAUAUGAAAUUUUGGUUUAAAAUGUCUAAUUGGUUUUUUAAAAGGCUCUGACAUUUAAUGUCAAUUAUGAAAAGUGCUGCAGCAGUUGUAAAAUUCAAAACUAUUUCUUUCUCUCUUCUCUGUAAGGAGAUCCACUGAAAGCAGUGGGAGUUCUUGCAGAGUCAGGUAUCUCUCAAAAUAACUACCAGUGGCAGAAUCGGGUGUGCAAUUUGCAGCAUAAAUCAGCAGUUCUAGUAUGUGACACUAACAAAAGGAACAUGGGCAUGUUUCUAUUUUCGGCACUGGUCCCUUUUUAACCAUUGCAAUCACACAAAAAUAAAAACUCUUUAAGGAUGUAAAUGAUGCAAAUGAUUUCUUUCUGUAGACUGAGUGGAAGGUAGCAGUUGGUGAGCCUCAUCAGGGUUGAGCCAGUCUAGUUAAGUCCACUCAAAACUAGACUCAUCCAUACCUAGGAAAAUCCUUACCCUUGUCUUCCUACCUUUCUUUUUCCUGGUACCAAUUUAGAUCACUUUGGGUAUGUCUACACUACCAUCCUAGUUCGAACAAG